AUGCCGUUCGAUGAUAAGAAAGGAUUAGAGAUUGCUUUAGAAGAAGCUCGUAAAGGUUACUCAGAAGGAGGUGUUCCAAUUGGAGGUGCCUUGAUUUCCAGUGAUGGUACUAUAUUAGGCCGUGGUCAUAAUAUGAGAUUUCAACUGGGUAGUGCAAUCUUACAUGGAGAAAUGUCAGCACUUGAGAAUGCAGGUAGAUUACCCGGAAAGACAUACAAGGAUUGUACGAUGUAUACCACUUUAUCCCCAUGUAAUAUGUGUUCUGGUGCUUGUUUAUUAUAUGGGAUUAAAAGGGUUGUAUUGGGAGAGAAUGAGAAUUUCCAGGGUGCUGAAGAGUUGUUGAAGUCAAAAGGGGUUGAGGUUGUGAAUAUGGAUGAUCAAGAUUGUAAAGAUUUGAUGAAGAAGUUUAUUGAUGAAAGACCACAAGAUUGGUUUGAAGAUAUUGGUGAGUAG